GUUACUGACCAGGGGCGGACUGACCAUUUGGAAACUCAGGCACUGCCCGAGGGCCCGGGGUCAGUAGGGGGCCCCAUGAGAUGCCCCUGGUACCUUUUUCAUAGGCUUUUUUGAGUUUGGGCAAGGACACAGGGGCCCCAUGAUCCCCUAUUGCCCGGGGGCCCCAUGAGUUGUCAGUCCGCCCCUGGAACACCUGUCAUUUUUUAUUGCAGUCUGUGCCCCCAAUAGGGAGAUUCAUCCUCUAUUUGUCCUGUUU